GAUAUGUAACCGUUGGAUAACCUAGCAUCAUGUUAGCUCCAGACAGAGGUUUAGGUUAAAAACAAAUGUCUCUAAAUACGGACGUCCGUGGAAGAAUUACGACAUGAUAUUGUUUCUGCGAAGCUGAUAUCAAUUUUCACCGAUAACAGUCACCAUGUCAGCAUUUCUCUUCCCGAAAAGUGCUGGGAUUUGUAGAAAGUACAGCAGAAGUAUGUUUUGGAUGCUACCUAGGCGAAACUGUCAUGUUUUAACAAACAGAGCGACAUCAAGUGAAGGUGCUAGGAAUGCGCUGUUCAGGUUUGCUAAUGUGUUGAAAACACCUCAUCUAUCAAGAUCACAGCGGAGUCUAUCAGGUCAGCCACAGGAGAAACUCAUUCAGAGUCUUCUCCACAAGCCCUUGGGUCCUGGCAUGGUUGGACUUGGCAAAGAGUUAAUCAGAAGUAACCUGCUGAGAAACCCCGUGGGUUUAGUAAAUUUAUUAGGGACAACUUACUUUUUCAGUACAUCUCAAGCUAAAAACCAGAAAAAUAAAGGUUCUGGACCAAAGGGGAAAACUCCUCAGGAAGAUGAAGAGGAGAAGAAACGGCGUGAGCAGGAGGAUCAGAUGUACCGCGAGCGCCUGCGGACGCUGUUCAUCAUAGCACUUAUCAUGAGCCUGCUUAACUCCAUCAACACCAGCGGUGGCAACAUCUCCUGGAAUGACUUUGUCAAUGAGAUGUUGGCGAAGGGGGAGGUGUCCCGCGUGCAGGUUGUUCCUGAGAGUGACAUUGUAGAAAUCUACCUUCAUCCCGGGGCUGUCAUCUUUGGAAGGCCUAGGCUGGCACUCAUGUACAGAAUGCAGGUUGCAAACAUUGACAAAUUUGAAGAGAAGCUUCGAGCAGCAGAGGAGGAACUAAACAUCGACACCAAGGACAGGAUACCGGUGACGUACAAACGCACAGGAUUCUUUGGAAAUGCAGUCUAUGCUCUGGGAAUGGCUGCUAUCGGUGUGGCUAUUCUUUGGUAUAUCUUCCGACUCGCAGGGAUGGGCGGCAGAGAAGGAGGUUUCAGUGCUUUUAAUCAGCUGAAGAUGGCCAAGUUCACCAUCGUUGAUGGCAAAUCUGGUAAAGGCGUGAGUUUCAAAGAUGUAGCUGGUAUGCAUGAGGCUAAGAUGGAGGUAAAGGAAUUUGUCGACUACCUCAAGAGUCCAGAACGCUACCUGCAUCUGGGAGCCAAGGUUCCUAAGGGAGCCUUGCUGCUUGGGCCCCCAGGAUGUGGCAAAACCCUGCUGGCCAAGGCUGUAGCCACAGAGGCUCAGGUUCCCUUUCUGGCUAUGGCUGGCUCUGAGUUUGUGGAGGUCAUUGGAGGUCUUGGUGCUGCCAGGGUCAGGAGUUUGUUUAAAGAGGCGCGUGCUAGAGCGCCUUGCAUCGUCUACAUUGACGAGAUCGACGCUGUGGGGAAGAAGCGCUCCAACAACAUGUCCGGUUUCUCCAACACAGAGGAGGAGCAGACCCUCAACCAGCUCCUGGUGGAGAUGGACGGGAUGGGAACAACAGACCACGUCAUUGUUCUGGCCUCCACCAACAGAGCAGACAUUUUGGAUAACGCUCUCAUGAGGCCUGGAAGGCUCGACAGACACAUCUUCAUAGAUCUUCCCACACUGCAGGAGAGAAAGGAGAUCUUUGAGCAACAUCUGAAGAUCUUGAAGCUGACGCAGCCAGCUAAUUUUUAUUCUCUGCGGCUGGCUGAGCUCACCCCAGGCUUCAGUGGUGCAGACAUUGCAAACAUUUGUAACGAAGCUGCGCUGCACGCCGCCAGAGAGGGCUUCAAGUCCAUCGACACAUUUAACUUUGAGUAUGCUGUGGAAAGAGUGAUAGCAGGGAGUGUGAAGAAAAGCAAGAUCCUGUCUAAGGAGGAGCAGAGGGUGGUUGCCUUCCACGAGUCGGGACACGCCUUGGUAGGAUGGCUGCUGGAGCACACAGAGGCAGUGAUGAAGGUCUCCAUUGCGCCCCGAACCAAUGCUGCCCUGGGUUUUGCUCAGAUCUUACCCCGUGACCAGUACCUGUUCACUAAGGAGCAGCUGUUUCAGCGCAUGUGCAUGGCGCUGGGGGGCAGAGCGGCAGAGGCCAUCACCUUUAACAAAGUCACCACAGGGGCUCAGGACGACUUGCGGAAGGUGACGCGGGUGGCUUACUCUAUGGUGAAGCAGUACGGUAUGUGCGACAGCGUGGGACAGGUGUCGUUUCCUGAGACGGAGGAGCAAGGCGCCGUUGGCCGGCGUCCUUUCAGCCAAGGCCUGCAGCAACAGAUGGAUCAUGAGGCAAAGAUGUUGAUAGCUCGUGCAUACAGACACACAGAGAAACUGCUGCUGGACAACAGGGACAAGCUCAUCCUGCUGGCAAACGCUCUGUUAGACCGUGAAGUGGUGAACUAUGACGACAUUGAAGCCUUGCUGGGCCCGCCGCCGUUUGGGCCAAAGAAGAUCAUCCUCCCACAGAGCUGGGUGGAGGCAGAGAGGGACAAGCAGGACACAGGAGAGGAUGAACCUCAACCACCUCCCAGGAAACGCAGAGAGGAGGACGUUGAUCCACAAUUAGUCUGAUUUUCUUUAUUUGUCCCGCAUCUGAAAGAGUUUUUCAGUAGCUGGUGGGAAGUUAGCAAAAGCAGAGCAUCCUCACAUUAAGGCUUAUGGCAGUAAAAGUGAAGUUUGAAAAACUUCUUAUAGACCUAAAUGAAUGUUUGUAUCCAUAACCCUUCAAUUUAGCUGAAUCCACUUCCAGAUCCGAAAGAUUUCUGUGCAACUUUAAGAAUUGUGCAGGAAAACUGCAAUUGUUCUCCCUAUGCGUCCCAGCUUAUCAUUCAUGAUGCAGAUGUGUAAAAAUUGUUUAUGGUGUACAGUUUCUUUGCUUGUUCAUGCAGAUGUACUGUAGCUGAUUCAGGUUUGAAUUUCUUGCAUUUCUUUAGGGAAAUUAUAUGACUUCACAUCUGCAAGAGGCAAUAAAGAUCUUAUAGUGCCAUUUCAAAAACAUAUCCUACUUGUAAGUUUCAUUUCCUAUUAACAUUAAUGUCAACCAUAUUAAUGGAUCACUCUGCAGUAAAACAGACAUGAGGCUUAAGCAACAGCUGAAAGGAAAUCCAUGUCUGUGACAUAUCCCUCUGAAGAUAAAAUGUGUUCUUCAUGUUUAGCAGGCAGGAAAUGACUCCAGCUACUGCGUAGAGUCAUGUAAUUAAACUGUUGUGUGCAUUUUUGUUUUUGUUUUUAAGCAGUCGUCGUGCAAAAAGACAAGAUUAUUUAAUCUCUACAGGGUUGUCAAAGGGAUUCAAAUGUAAAUGCUGAUGUGAGGAAGCUUUGCUCUCAGCCAUCAAAACAAGAUAUGAAAUCUUGUUUUUUUGGUUCUGUCAAACUUAUUGAGCUCAUCAAUCCACCGUUUUAAGGCAAACCAACUUUAUUGGGUUCCCUCAGACUUUUAUCCAGUCAGAGUAACUGGAACUUUUUACGAUGAUCUCCAUGUGAGGGAUUGUAAAUUUCACUUGCAGAAAUAUUUAAAUAAAUAUUUAAAAGCUG